GGAGCAUACGGGAGUACAACCUUCUAAUCUCUCCGUUCAAAAAUCCGCAAAACAAGAAAUACUCCCGACGGCGGUGUCUCUCGCCCCCCCUUUCUCCGUCGGCCCUGCGCUUCCCCGUCUUCUUCCCCGGCUGCGCCUAAGGAAUUGGUGGAGACCCGGGGGAGGAGCUACUGCUAAUGAACGGCUUGUUUCGUGCAUGUUCUGCUGCUAUAUCAUCAAACACUACAAAUGUGUUAAGGACUAGUACAUUUUGCAAAUUCUCAUCUAACAGAUGGAAUGCCAGUGUCAACCAUGUUGGAGCUGGGAGUGUUAAUUUUAACUGGUUUCUGAAUAGUUUUUCCAUUAAGNUUGUCAGACUCAAGUCGGAUCUUCGAUAUGUGAUCCCCCGGUUAGUGUGUUUAAAGGAUAUUCAAUGCCUAAGGACACAGAGGAAUAUCUUCUUUCCCGUGGAUUUAAGAAUGCUCUAUAUACUGUCAGAGCCCAAGAUGUAACUGAAGAUCUUUUUGACACUUUGGAACCUUGUCAUCUUCAGCAUCUUUCUUCUUCCAGUGGUGGAAUGCCUGAUGACCACAUGGCAAAAAAGAGAUCUCAGGAAGCAAUGUGGCUGGAGUAUACGGAUGGUGCUGGACCAGCAGCAGCUAGGCUAACUGAUUCCUCUAUAAGAAAGCAUGCGAUGUUAGAAAAGAUUGAUGACACAGCUCUAUCAUCGGGUGAGUCUUGUAGUCUUGAAUUUGAUGGUGCUUCAAAAGGAAAUCCUGGACAAGCAGGGGCAGGAGCUGUGCUGCGAGCUGAUGAUGGCAGUUUGACCAUUAAGCUUCGUGAAGGUCUGGGAGUGGCAACAAAUAACGUAGCUGAAUAUCGAGCCAUUAUUUUGGGUUUAAGGUGUGCACUGAGCAAAGGAUUUACACGAAUUCGCGCACAAGGUGACUCUAAGCUUGUGUGUAUGCAGAUCCAGGGUCUUUGGAAGGUUAAAAAUGAAAAUAUCUCAACUCUGUACGAGCAAGCAAAACAAUUGAAGGAUAGAUUCCAUUCCUUCCAGCUUGUCCACGUUCUUCGGGACUCAAAUGCCGAAGCUGAUGAACAGGCAAAUUUGGCCAUCCAUCUUGCGGAUGGCCAAGUUCAAGAGGAGGUAGCCUAGGUAUGUAAAUGGUCAUCAGCAGCAAUACAUAUGCACAUGCAUUGUCCUUUCUUUCAUUCUCACCGCAAAGGUAGCCCGGUCUUUUUCCCCUUUUGCAGAGAGUAUGAGACAUGUCGUCCGUGGAACUAAUUGUUUUCCCUUGAUUUGUGAAGCAUAAUGAACGCAUUUCAUUUCCCACAUCAUUUGUGUGCUGUAGGGUGUGCCUAGAUAAUGGCUACAUUUAUUUCUGCAUUAAAACAAUUGUGUUUCAUACUGUUUUUUUUCCUUUAGCAUGCUUCGGGAGAACUCAUUUGUUCCAGUCCAACUUGGUAAAGUUAAUAUAAAUAUAUAAAGCAUAGUAGUAGAAAUUAUGAAGUAGAGAAAUGAAGGGCGAAUAAUCUAAGGCCCCGUUU